UGCGUUGAUGUUUUAGCCAUUGAUUCAUGACAGCCCCCCCUUCUUUCUUCGCUCAGCUUCAAUUACGAAACAGUGGCUUCGCUCUUUUCUUUUUUUCCCCGACUGUUUAUUAAAAACCAUGAACUGAGCCAUAACCUCUUUUUUAUUUAUUAUUUUAAAGAUUUGUCUAUGGUUUAUUAUUUGGACGUAAUAACGUGGUAUUAUUGACUUCAUCAUUUCUGCAUUUGCCAUUCUUCAAUACUUCGAAUCUACUAUUCUCCCUUCUUCGAAAAACUAAAGACAACAACGACCACACACAUCGCCCGCCAUGGAUGAAAAACUUGCUUCGCCAGUGAGCUCCAGCCACUCGGCCUCGUCAUUGGACGAUCCCGCAGCCAAGGUGCAGGAGCUCAAGCGCAUCUACCGAAAGAUCGAUUUGAACAUUGUGCCGCUCAUGUUCUUCUGCUACUUCUUGCAGUUCCUCGACAAAGUCCUCGUCAACUACGCCAACAUCAUGGGCAUCUCAAAGGCCCUGCACUUUGUGGGCAACGACUUCUCCUGGAUGGCCACGGCCUUCUUCAUUGGCUACGCCGUCGCCGAGUUCCCUCAGGGCUACUUGAUCCAAAAGUUCCCCGUCUCAAAGGUGCUGGGGUUCAACGUCCUGCUCUGGGGAAUCGUCGUCUGCUGCACGGCUGCGACGCAGAGCUUUGCCAGCGUUGCUGCCGUCAGGACGCUGCUGGGCAUGUUCGAGGCCGUCAUCACCCCGGCCUUGGUCAUGAUUACGUCUCAGUGGUAUACUAGGAAGCAGGCGACUCUGCGCACGGGCAUCUGGUACUGCGGAUUGGGAGCCGGACAGGUCAUGGGAGGGUUGAUCUCCUGGGCGGCCCAGCACGGCUCGACGACGUCUUCAUUCCAGGGCUGGCGCAUCAUGUUUGUGGCUGUGGGCGUUUUCAACCUCUUCGUUGCCGUCGCAGUCAUCUUGCUUAUGCCCAACAGCAUCACCUCGGCCAAGUUCUUGACUGAGGACGAGAAGGCUCUUGUCGAGGAAGUGUUGGCACGAGACCAGGCUGGAUCCGGCAAGAAGGUCUUCCAUGUGUCCGGCAUCUGGGACGCCCUCAAGGAUCUCCAGGUGUGGCUGCUGUUUGUCAACACCAUUCUUAUUGUGAUCCCCUCUGGCAUCAUCACCACCUUCUCGGCGACCAUCAUCAACUCCAUCUUCCUCACGCCCAUGAAGUCUGCGCUUCUCAACAUGCCUGCCGGAGCCAUCUCCAUCUUUGCGACCCUGGCGGGCUCCUAUGCGAUUUACUUCAACCUGCCUCGUUGGCUGAGCAUCAUUGCGCUCCUGAUCCCCACCAUCAUCGGCGCGGCACUCAUGUCCUUUGCCAAGUCCAAGGGUGGCGCCCUGGCUGGUGUUUACCUCAUCAACUUCGACGUGGCCCCCCUGGCCCUCAUCUACGCUCUGGUCGGUGCCAACACGCAGGGAUACACGAAAAAGGUUACCGUCAACGCCAUCAUUGCCAUUGCCUUCUCCAUCGCAAACAUCAUCGGCCCACAGACGUUCCAGGUCAAGGAUGCGCCCCAGUAUCUUCCCGCCAAAAUCACCGUUCUCGCCGUUGCCGCCUCAUCCAUUGUGGUUACGAUUCUGCAGAGAGUCCUCUACGGCAUGCGCAAUGCCAAGACGGCUGCUGCCCGCGCGGUGGAGGUGGAGGCCAUCAACCGAGGCGAGAUUGAUGCCAAGGCGGUGGACGACGAGCAGACGGACAUGACAAACCCUACCUUUCAAUAUGUAUACUAAGCGCGCCGGGGGCCUGGUUGCUUUCCGAGCUGUUGAGAGUAGAGGGGAGAAAAAAAAGGAUGGUUAGCAUGUCUAUUUGUUUAUUUGUCAAUGGGGUUUACGUUUUCAAGAUGGAGCAAAGAAGUAUCAAGUCAAUAUUAUCUUAGUUAUUUAGUCAAUUUUUAGUUAGCUACGGCAACUCUUGUAUAUUAUUAUACGUUACAUUCUUUUC